AUGCAGUACGUCGGAAAAUUCGUGUCUACGGUGUACAACACGAUCACCCCCAACAUCAAUCCCGCAACCUUGAGUGGAGCCAUCGAUGUGAUUGUUGUCGAGAGAAUCGUCGACAUCGAGGAACAGGUCGAAGUCGAUGGGCAAGGCAAUGUGCUCUCUGAGUCAGAGCGUAGCAAGCUUCCCGAACAGGAGCGCAAGUACAAGACUGUAAAACGUCAGACCACCGAGCUCGCAAGUACGCCCUUUCACGUCCGCUUCGGCAAGAUGAGCGUACUUCGUCCAGGCGAGAGAAAAGUUACGCUUCAUCUCAACAAUUCCACAGACCCUCUCCCAUUCGCCAUGAAGGUCGGCGAGGCCGGCGAAGCGUUUUUCGUGCUCGAGAUCGAUGACGAAGAAGAGCGUAACAGCAUUCCCGCCGACUUGGUGACGAGUCCAAUCCUCAGUGCAGCUUCCAGUCCUGUCACCUCGCCAGAAGACGCCGACGAAGCCGAUGCACGGAACGGCUCAGUCACCGAAGUAGAACCACUCGAGCUCGGACAAGCCGAACAGCCCCUGGCUGAAACGCACGAAUCCGACCUCACCUCCACCGAUCCAGACCGAAAUUCGAAAUCCAAGCUUAAAGAAAACAAGCAAAGCGGUCAGCCAAACGACCAGGGCGAUCUCAACGUUCCAUUCGACACUAGCAAGAUCGGCUCGGGCGCUGCUGCAGGUUCCGACUCAAUACUGAACAAGGUCGGCUCCGCCGCCUCGAAAGCAAGCGGUGUCAUCGGCGCUGCUGGCAUGGCUGUCAUCGGCGGUACCAGCAACGCUCGUCUGGACAAGACGGCCAAGAAGGCGCAACGCUCCGACCAUGCCAAUACCAUGACGGGCGCUCCAGUCGACGAGGAUCGUGCAGACGCUCACCAUUACGAACCUGAACAAGGCGAUGCACAGGGAAAGCAGCGACAACAAGAGCACCAAGGCGCAAUCGAAUCCUCGACUUUCAUACAGCCAGCCAACCUGACUGAAAAACUUGAGAGGCAACUCCAGCAAAAGGCCAUGGAGGUGGUCGAGGACGAAGCACAAAGCUUGAAUGAUGAAGACAGUAUUCUCAGCAUUGACUUUGGCGAGGAGGCCUAUCCGGCGCCAUUCGGCGCUAGCACAGGCUCGAAAUCAAAGAGCAAGACCAAAUCGGUCGCAUCCAUCCAUCACUCUGAGUACCUCGGUGGAAAACGUCUCAAGCCGGUCCCCAUCGCCAAUGGCAAUAAAACUAUCGAACCCGCCAUGUCAGAUGCCUCUACUCACGUCCAUCGACACAGAUUGCGACAGGAGCAACGGCGCCGCACGGACGACGUCAGCAAAAACGACGAUAAUGACGACGACCAUACAGCCGUUGAUGAAAAAAAUGACAAUCAGCCUCAAAAGGUCGGCCCUGUAGGCUCUGUAGCAAAUGAUCGGGCCAACGACGAUGACGUUGUGGGCACCGUCAAAGUUAAGCAUCGUAAAGAAGACCUACAAUACAUGCUCGACAUGGACGGAUACAAAUUGACCCCAGAUGGCGAAGAUCUAGCAUACCAAGAAGGCCAUCGCUUUGCUGACGAAAUGCCUCUGAGUCGGCGUCAUGGUGGUAAGGGGCGCAAUGGUCACCCAGAUUUGCUCAACGGCCCGGGUCAUCGACACAAAGUCUCUCUUCCUGGCACAUCGACCACAGCAAUGCGACGUGGCUCAGGCUCGCGAUCCCACCGACCCAGCUUCUCGGUCGACUACCGUGCUCAACGAUCUUGCCGCCCGCAGAGCCGAGAACGUGAUGCUCGCCGUGAAAGCCUAGAUGAUACUGCUGCUGCUAACCUAUCCAAGUUCAACUCGCGGUACGGAUCCUCGCAUCUCGGUGCACUUUCCGGACAGAGCGGCCAUCAAGACGAGCUCGAGCUGUCGCGUGACUUGGCACGGCUUGCUCGCAUGAACAGGACCACUGACAACGGUGGUGAUGGGCGCUCCAGAGGCAGACGCCAGCCCAGAACCACAGAGUCGCUCCGUCGAUACUCGUCGCUCUCCAGCCGCAACAAGCGGGCGGAAGACAAGAUGCAAGCUGCAUACCAACGUGAUGGUAGCUCAACCAAGUCGCGUCACAUGCACGAGUUCUCGUUGUCGGAUACCGAAGCCGAAGUGCCGAAUGCCAAGUCAGCGUCUGGUCACAACUCGAUCGACAACUCGACGGAGGGUUUGGCGAGUUCCUACUCGGUAUCUCAAGUGGUCUCGAGCCUCCGAGAUCUGCGUUUGCCGAGCGAGGAGGCGCCGCCGGUGUACCUGGAUGACACGAGCGCAGCUCAUCUCGGUCUCUCGGGCAAUAGCCGCUGGCAAUGGUCAGACCCUGUUGGAGAUUCGUCGGCAUCCACACCCACAGGCCAGCCCAGCAGCGAUCGACGACACACUCGAUUUGCAAGCACUGACGGAUACGAAGCAGGCCAUACCUCGGAUGCAUCGGCACUUGAUGCACUGCGUCGACACACAGCGGGUGGAGAGGUGGAGGGCAAGCUUACGAGCUCUGAGUCGGAGCCGUACACGUUCUUACUGCAGCUCGAGGACUCGUCGCACUCAUUCGAGUUGAGUCUCUGCUACGGCGAUACGUUUGGACAGGAUGAAGAGGAUGACGAGUAUGCUUUCCUCGAGAACCGCGUAUCGUUUGAGCGCUUUGCACAUGAUCAGGACGUGGUCAACGACGAACGUCUCGUGAUUCGCUACCACGACCGAUACCUGACCUGGGAGAACGCGUCGGCUGUGCUGGCUACGCUGUCUUUGUACCGCCGUACGCUGUCGGGCUUUGCAUCGGCAACUAGCAUCGACCAAGAGGCCGACGGGGCUGUAUCGUCGUCCACGUCGAGCUACUGGUCGCGUUGGUUCAAGAGGAGCAGCAAGAGCAUUCCCGAUCUCAAGCAAGCGGCUGCAGAUGCGCAGACGGCCAACGAGAAUGUUGCCGGGGCAGCCAAGCCAACACAGGCUGCGACGAGUGCAGGGGCAGGUCCCGAGGCUUGCCCUCACAGGUCCAACACCGACUCAGCGCUGCUGCAGGCGGAUAAACGUGACGACGAAAAGCUCUCCGAGAUCGCAUCAAAGCCGUCAGCAGCAGCAGUGGCCGCUCAGAGAGAAGGUAAGACGUAUGCCAAAACGUUGCGUCUAACUUCAGACCAGCUCAAAUCGCUCAAUCUGCGCAAAGGGUCCAAUAGCAUCACCUUUUCGGUGACGUCAUCGUACUCUGGUGUCGCCACGUGUUCGGCGCGCAUCUUUUUGUGGGAGUCGAAACACAAGAUCGUCGUCUCAGACAUUGACGGGACCAUCACGAAAUCGGAUGCGCUCGGACAUGUGUUCACCAUGAUUGGACGCGACUGGACGCAUAUCGGUGUGGCCAAGCUGUACACGGACAUCGCUCGGAAUGGGUACCGCAUCAUGUACCUGACUUCCAGAGCGAUUGGGCAGGCGGAUUCGACCAGGGAUUACCUCAAGGGGAUUCGACAGAACGGGUAUCAGCUGCCUGAUGGGCCGGUCAUCAUGUCUCCGGAUCGCUUGAUUGCGAGUCUGCACAGGGAGGUGAUUCUGCGCAAGCCCGAGGUGUUUAAGAUGGCGUGUCUGCGUGAUAUCGCGAGGCUGUUCGGUGCGGAUCCGAGGACAGCGCAUUCGCAGUCGGAAGGUGAUCACAAGCGCUUGGACACAGAGGUGUUGGAGAAGGCGCAGAAGGGGGCGGGGGUGGAUGAACGCCCCGAUGCUGGUACUGCCUCAACUUCGUCGACCGAUACUGCCAGUGCCGACCCACUCCAAGACGCUGCGGCUGCGUCGGACGCGAGCAGCAUCAGGUCGGGGAACAAGCUGAGCCCAUCUUCAUCAUCAAUGUCUCUGCCGACACUCGCCUCGGUCGACCCGCUAUCCGCUCCAAGGAAGAAGGAAGAGCACCCUACCCCGUUCUACGCCGGCUUUGGCAAUCGGAUCACGGACGCGCUUUCGUACCGUAGCGUGAAUAUCCCGUCUUCGCGCAUCUUUACCAUCGACACCAACGGCGAAGUCAAGAUGGAAUUGCUCGAGUUGGCCGGCUACAAGUCAUCCUACAUUCACAUGACGGAUCUGGUGGAUCAGAUGUUUCCUCCUAUCACGGCCAAGGAGGAGAAGGAACCACGCAAACCGGAGUUCAACGACUUCAACUAUUGGCGUCCUGCAAUCGUGGAUGUCGAGUUGCCGGAAGAUGAUGAAUUGUUGGGAACGCCGCCAGUAAGUCCAGCGCUGUCGGCGAGGAGUGGGAGGAGCUUGAGGAGUGUGAGGAGUGUUACUUCUGAUUCGGGUGUUGUUUCGGGAGGCACGGAUGGCAGGGUGGUGGGAGCAGGUGGUGUGGUGGAGGAUAAGCCCGGUCGACUGUCAAGGUUCGGGUUGGGUUCGUUGGGUCUAUCGAGAAAAGGAUCGCAGCCGACGCCAUUGGAGCACGCGAACACGAUCGGGCCCGGGACGAACAUAGACGAGGUGGAUCGAAAGACUCGAGCGACAUCGGCGGAGCCAGCGCUGGAAACGAGCGGAAUUUCGACGUCGAUGAGUGGGUCGUCGUGGACUGCGCCUUGGCGAAGGAGGGCGGCAAGUCCGGAUGCGUCGGAUGCGUACACGCUUCGGGCUACGUCUCCGCUCGUGGGGCCGGUGAUCACGGCAGAGCCUGAGAUGGAAAGCGAAGACGAGGGACAAGAGGAAGACGAGGGACAAGAGGAAGACGAGUUUUACGACUCGGAGGGUGUGGAUGAUAACGACGAUGUGAGUGACUUCGGUGGCGCUCGAAGUCGGCUGGACAGUUUCGACGCGGCAGUGCAGGCGGAUGCAGGUAGCAGAAUGGUGGUGCAGCGUGUGGCGAGUGCGACGAGCAGGCCGAGCGAGGAUGAGGCCGAUGAACAGUAUGACGACGAUGAAGAUGACGUUGUCGACGACCCGCUCCUCGAGACCGGUGAAAUCCGCUUCGAGUGGAAGGGCUAG